ACUCAGAAUGUGAAAGUGAAGCCACAAAAAGAAUACGGAUUCGAGUCAGCUAUUGAUAAUUCUACAAAUCCGUUUGUUCCGAAGCUGAAAACCAAGCAUAAUGCCUUACCGAGGAAGGAAACCUCAGGAAUGACUAUUAUCGAUGAAAGUUCGGCUAAUACUGCAGGACAGGGUGAUCUUUCUUCGGAUUACGAGGCUGACGUUGCACAUCCGUACCAGCAAGAAAUUCAAAAUUUUGUUGUGCCCAGCAAUCAAAUGGAAUCGCAGGAUCCUAUACAUCACGAUUUCCGCAGUUACCUUGGGUUAACGUGCCUCAUGCAAAUUUCUACAAGGACUGAAGACUACGUUAUCGAUCCGUUCCCAUUAUGGAACGAUAUGCACAUCCUCAAUGAUCCCUUUACUAAUCCUAGAAUUUUAAAGGUUUUUCAUGGAAGUGAGCACGAUAUUGAGUGGCUUCAGAGGGAUUUCGGGAUCUAUGUAGUGAAUAUGUUCGACACUGGAAGAGCAAUGCGCCGACUCGAAAUGCAAAAAUUCAACUUACGUUAUCUAGUGCACCAUUACUGCGAUAUAACAUUGAAUAAGAAGUAUCAGCUGGCUGACUGGAGGGAACGACCGUUGGAUGCUGAUAUGAUUAAUUACGCUCGGAGUGAUACACAUUACCUUCUGUACUGCUAUGAUCGCCUCAGAGAAGAGCUGUUGGAGAAGGGAGACGCUAUGCAGAAUCUGUUACGAGUUGUAUACUCUGAAAGCGCUUUUAUUUGUUCCAGGGUGUACCACAAGCCGAGUUUCGACAGAGAUGGCUUCCGUGGAUUGGAACGUCGCCGUCUCAAUAAUCGUCAAGAAGCAGCGAUGCGAGUUCUGUGGCAUUGGCGUGAUCGUGUGGCUCGCGAAGAGGAUGAGAGUGUGCAGUACGUGCUCCCCAAUCAUAUGCUGCUAACUAUCGCUGAGAGUUUACCUCGAGAGCUUCAAGGGAUUCUACAUUGUUGUAACCCGGUCCCUCCACUGGUUAGAGAAUGCGUCCAUGAAUUGCACAAGUAUGUUAGC